AUGCUUGCUAAUCCACGGCCUCUAGGAGGCUCCACCAUGUACGUACUUACAAUCGCAUUGCUAGCCUUCAUCGCGCAACAUGCAACGGGACAGCUGUCCACGUACCAGCUCACGACCUGCCCGGGCAAAACGACCUGCAGCCAAUGCAUCCAGACAACCAACUGCCGCUGGUGUACGAUGCCCAACUUUACACAUCCGCGCUGUCACGGUCAGAUCGAGAAGUACUGCCCGGAAGAGUAUACCGUCGAUCCGAGCAAUACGUUCCAGCUGGUACAGGGCCGUGAGCUAACGAAACCUUCGCGGCGCGUGCUGGAGGGCCAGAGUGAGCGCGAAUCGUACUACUCGUCGAGUCACUAUCAAUCAUCUUCAUCCUCAUCGUCCUCGUUUCAACAGUCAUCGUCAUCGUACGAGUCGGAAUCCGCUGCUGGCAGUAUCGUCCAGAUAUCACCGCAGCGCGUCAGCCUAAAGUUACGCUUGAAUGAGGCGUUUCGGUUUAAUGUAAACUACGCGCAGGCCGAAGACUAUCCCGUCGAUUUGUACUAUCUGAUGGAUCUGUCCAAAUCGAUGGAGGACGAUAAGACGAUCCUGUCCACGCUGGGUGCCGAUCUUGCGUCCGAGAUGCGAAAGAUUACCAGCAAUUUUAAGCUCGGUUUCGGAUCGUUUGUUGAUAAGGUGCUGAUGCCAUACGUGUCGACCGUACCGAAGAAACUGGAGCAUCCAUGUGAUGGAUGCAAUGCACCAUACGGUUACCUACAUCAUAUGUCGCUUAGUUCGGACUCCAACCUCUUCACCCACGAGGUACAACGUGCCAACGUUUCGGGUAACUUGGACGCACCGGAAGGAGGGUUUGAUGCGAUCAUGCAAGCAAUCGUCUGCCGCGAACAGAUCGGAUGGCGCGAAAAGGCUCGGCGACUGCUGCUGUUCUCUACCGAUGCUGGCUUUCACUAUGCGGGCGAUGGCAAGCUGGGCGGUGUGAUUACACCGAACGAUGGCGAAUGCCAUCUGGACCAUAACGGCCGUUACACCCAUUCGACCACACAAGACUAUCCGAGCAUAUCGCAGAUCAACCUGAAAGUGAAACAGAAUGCCAUCAACGUGAUCUUUGCUGUGACGGCGGAAGAGCUAUCCGUGUAUGAGCAACUGUCCCGGUUGGUGGAAGGUUCAUCCGCUGCCAAACUUUCGAACGAUUCGUCCAACAUCGUAUCGUUGGUACGCGACCAAUACAAUAAAAUUUCCUCGUCAGUCGAGAUGAAGGACAACCGUACGGAUAACGUGAUCGACGUCAAGUAUUAUUCACGCUGCCGCAACACGAACGGUGCGCUCCAGCAAACGAAUCGCUGCGAAGGGCUAAAAGUGGGCGAUGUCGUAACGUUCGAGGCACACAUUACGCUGCUCCAGUGUCCGAACGAUCCACGCGACUGGCAUCAAGUGCUGCAGAUCUAUCCGGUUGGUAUUAACGAAAGUUUGACGGUAGACAUCGAGAUGCUAUGCAGCUGUCCCUGUGAACAUCCGUCCGAUCCGGAGUACCGCGAACGGGCCGACGAGUGCAGCAAUGCAGGCACGUACAAGUGCGGUAUCUGCGAAUGUGAUGGCACGAACCAUGGGCAGCGUUGCGAAUGUUCCGCGUUGGAUAGUCUGCUCGAGCCGGGCAUGGUAGAUGCCUGCCGGAUGUCGAACGCAUCGGAAGAGUGUAGCGGCCGUGGUCAGUGCGUGUGUGGGGUGUGCGUUUGCGAACGACGCCCCAAUCCGGACGAGCUGAUUGAGGGACGGUACUGCGAGUGUGAUAAUUUCUCGUGUGAUCGUCCGGGUGGUUUGCUGUGUUCUGGACCGGAUCAUGGACGGUGCGUGUGCGGACAGUGCGAGUGUCGGGACGGCUGGACCGGACCGGCCUGUGACUGUCGGGCAAGCAACGAAACCUGCAUGCCACCCGGUGGUGGUGAGCUUUGCUCGGGCCAUGGUACUUGUGAGUGUGGCACGUGUCGGUGUACCGUGACCGAGGACGGCCGAUAUACGGGACGGUACUGCGAAAAGUGCCCAACGUGCGCUGGACGGUGCAACGAGUUCAAGCAUUGCGUCCAGUGCCAGCAGUACAAGACUGGGCCGCUAGCUACAUCGAACGAGUGUGCAACCAACUGUACGCUGUUCGUACCGAUCCCAGUUGAGAAAGUAACGAUUGACGAGGAGCGUAACGAUAACAAAUGCACGUUCUUCGACGAGGACGACUGUCGAUUUGAGUUCUCGUACAACGAUAGCGACCAGGACAAGGUGAUCGUGACGGCACAGGAAGAGCGAGACUGUCCGCCGAAGGUGUUUAUGCUUGGCAUUGCGCUGGCUGUCAUUGCUGUGGUCGUGCUGAUUGGUAUGGCCGUACUGUUGCUGUGGAAGGUGCUCACGUCCAUCCACGAUCAGCGAGAGUUUGCUCGGUUCGAGAAAGAGCGCAUGAUGGCGAAAUGGGAUACGGGAGAGAACCCAAUCUACAAGCAAGCGACAACAACAUUCAAAAAUCCAACGUACGCCGGCAAGUGAGCGAACAA